AUGGUGCUCCAGUCAAGUCUUCUGUUCUUACUUCUAGCGAUCUCAGCUGUCAUUGGUACUGGCUAUCGUGCAUUACCACCAAAAGAUGUUUAUACAGCUGUAUUAAUCAACGAAUCCGCUUCUCCUGUCACCCUUUUACUUGAAUAUCAGUAUCAAAAUUGUAACAAUGGUUUAGAAAUGAGCACAAAAAUAGUCAGUAUACCACCUAAUAGUUAUAUAAAAACUCCUCAAGAAACAGUUGACGCGGGCGGAUAUACCACUGUAAAAGUAUUAAAAUCAAUUAAACGUGUGGAAAUACUUGAUGAUUUAAGUGCACCGUUUUCCGGUGUUGAUUCACCACAAAAGAAUUGGCAAUUUAUUAUUGAUGAAGAUCACAUUGAAUCCGUUGGUCAUGCAUAUAAUGUAGAAUAA